GUAAGAAUGCUGUUUACAUUGGUGGUCAGUGUAAGAAUGCCCCUUAUAUUGGCAGUCAUUGGGAAGAAUGAUCCUUACAUUGAUUGUCAGUAGGAAGAAUGUCCCCUUUACAUUGGUGGUCAGUAAAAGAAUGGUCCUUUUAUUGGUGGUUAUUGGGAAGAAUGCUCCUUAAAUUGAUUGUCAGUAGGAAGAAUGUCUCCUUUACAUUGGUGGUCAGUAAAAGAAUGGUCCUUUUAUUGGUGGUUAUUGGGAAGAAUGGUCCUUACAUUGAUUGCCAGUGGUAAGAAUGCCCCCUUUACAUUGGUGGCCAGUGGAAGAAUGGUCCUUUUUUUUGGCGGUCAUUGGGAAGAAUGCUCCUUACAUUGUCAGUGGUAAGAAUGUCCCCUUUACAUUGGUGGUCAGUGGAAGAAUGGUCCUUACAUUGAUGGUCAGUGGGAAGAAUGUCCCCUUUACAUUGGUGGUCAUUGGGAAGAAUGCCCCUUACAUUGAUGGUCAGUGGGAA